GGCGCUGCUCGGGGACUAGGACGGAGCGCCCGACCCCAGGAGGCAGGGUCGUUUUGCCCGGGUUGGCGCUGCCGGCGUCCUGGGGCAUCCAUCACGGGGAUGACGGGCGUCAGGGUCAGGGGACCUGGACGGGAUCGGGACCGGGCCGAAGCCCAGCCGGGCGGGGCGGAAUCCAGACCCGGAGGAAGCGAGCGCAGCUACAGUCCCGCGGCGGGGGGUGCACGUAAGGGACUCGGUGAGAACAGCCUGGGACCGGUGCCCGCGGUCGUGCGUGCUCCAUUUGUUUACGUCCGCGGGCGGCGGCCGUGCGCGUGUGUCCUAGCCCGCGUCCUGGGAGCUCUGCCCGGGCGUGUGCGCGCGCGCGGGUGUUUGUGCGUGUGUGCACGGCGUGUGCGUGUGUCCCGCGCUCUCCUUGAAGCCCGUGGGUACCUCGCGGAGGGCGUGUCCUAGGGUGACCGCAGCAGUAAAUGCGAAAUGAGAACCUGAGUUUGGGAAGCCACCCAGCCCGGGACACUCAGAGAAUGGAAAUUCUCUCCUGGACCGCCCCCCACCCCUUCCCACCAGCCUGGACUGCCUGGUUUCUGCUGUCCCUGGAGUUUCCCAGGGCCCUAAGCAUGUGACCCCAAUGUUUGUCCCCCGCCCAGAGCUGGCGCCCGCAGCAACAGGGUGGGGCCGAGGUACCAGUGUCCCCACCCAGCUGAGCAGGGCUGAGGUAAGCCAAAGCCACCCUUCACCUCCUCACCCACCCCGUGGACCUGGUAGCCAAACGAGUGGGAGGGCAGAUCAGAUCGUUGUUUUCAAACUCCCUGGGGAGGGCAGACCCUAGGAACUCUGUCCAACCUCUUACAGUCUCAGGAGAAACCGGAAGGGCCAGAAACCCUGGGCCAAAGUCGGGGUUCCUCCCUGGUGGCUACUGUGGCUAGUCUGAGUGGCCAGCCAUACCUGGUUGGCUGCCUUCGUGGGAGUUUUAGCCUGUGGAGGGACUGGUUAGACUGGACCCCCCUCCAGGCUGUGGGACCCCAGAACCAGUUAAGCUGCCAGGGCCUGAUAGGGUCCACAGGCAGUCGGGGUGGGAGGUCUUUCUUCGUGGAAGGUUCAGGUGACCUGCAAAAGCACCUGUGCAGGCCGGCAGCCUGAAGCUGGGCUGGGGAAGGGAUCCCUUGGUCCAAAUCUGUGUUCUCCGAGGCCCUCUGGGAAUUAUGGGGGGGUGCGUGGGAGUUGAGCUUCUUAAGGUGAGGAACUUUGACUCUUUGUGCCCCGUUGAUGUCUUCUACCACACCAGGGACCACCCUCCCACCACCCACCCCCGCCCCAGGUCCCCAUCCCAAGCAGAACUAGGAAACCUCCUGCAUGGCAGGGCGGCAGGUGGAACUCAGGACUGGCAGCUGCUCACACAGCCUGUUACAGGGAACUGUGGGAGACCAAGGGGAGGCAACACCCCCCCACACACCAUGCCCACCAAGAGCUGGGGUGUCAAAGAGUGUGGGGAGGGGCUGGGGAUUUAGCUCAGCGGCAUAAGCACCUGCCUUGCAAGCAGGCGGUCGUGAGUUCGAUCCCUGGUACCGAUAAAAAUGAAAAAGACAAAAAAAAAAAAAAAAAAAAAAGAGUGUGGGGCUUCAGUAAGGGAGUUAAAGCCAGAAGCCAGGCAGGCCCAUCCCCCAAGCCAGGCAGGAAAUGCCCUGGCAUGGGGCUGGUGUCAGGGGAUAAGGGGCGUGGCCGCUGGGCUUGGUCACCUAUGGAAAGUUAGUGGCAAGAAAAAGGGCUUCACUUCUCCUGGGAUUCGAAGAAAGACUGACCUACCAAACUAAGGCAGAGCAACACAGGGCCGUGUGAAGGGAGGGGAAGUCACUGGUUAAAGGUCUCCAGCCCAGAAGGCAUCUGUGGCAGACAUGUCUGUGGACCCUUUGUCCAGCAAAGCCCUGAAGGUCAAGCGCGAGCUGAGCGAGAACACGCCGCACCUGUCGGACGAGGCGCUGAUGGGGCUGUCGGUGCGCGAGCUGAACCGGAACCUGCGCGGGCUCUCGGCCGAGGAGGUGACCCGGCUCAAGCAGCGCCGCCGCACCCUGAAGAACCGCGGCUACGCCGCCAGCUGCCGCGUGAAGCGCGUGUGCCAAAAGGAGGAGCUGCAGAAGCAGAAGUCGGAGCUGGAGCGCGAGGUGGACAAGCUGGCGCGCGAGAACGCGGCCAUGCGCCUGGAGCUCGACGCGCUGCGCGGCAAGUGCGAGGCGCUGCAGGGCUUCGCGCGUUCGGUGGCCGCGGCCCGCGGGUCCGCCGCCCUCGUGGCGCCAGCCAGCGUGAUCACCAUCGUCAAGUCCGCGCCCAGCCCCGCCCCCGGGCCCGCCCCCAGCACAGGCCCCGCCCCCAGCACAGGCCCCGCCCCAGGCCCGGCCGGCUGCACUUAGUGUCGCUGCGCCCCGCCCGCCUCCCCACCGUAGCCGCGCCUCCGGCCCCUCCCUUCUCGAAGUGCCUGAGCGCCUCUGUUCCCGGAUUUUAUUUCCCUGCCUUCCCCUGUGGCGAACACGCAUUCCUUUCCUGGGUUCUGCAGCCCCUCAAACGGGGAGCCAAUAGGUCCGGGGAGGGGCACCUUUGCUAGGUUGGCAAACAUUUGGGGCCAGGGGUCCCGCGGCCGAAAGCCUUCUUGGGUUGGGAGGGACUGCAGGCGGGGAGGCGAGGCCACACCCCUCGGGAGUUUGGGAAACUUCGGACCCGGCCCGCAAGGCUUCUCACCCCGCUGUCCGGGACUCAAGGGGGCUCGGCACUGGGGGUGACUUGGGCUGUCCUGCUGGGCGCAUGCACCUCUCUUGGGGCCUAGUCCUGAGGGUCGUAGAGAGCGAGACCCAGCUAAGAUGGGGAACCUCCCCACACCCCCGCCGAUGGGACAGUGUUCAAGGCCACAUAUCCUUUAAGGACUCAGCUAAAACCAAAAACUGGGCUUUUUCACUGCUACCCCAGGGUUCCAGCCGUGGUUUCUCCGGGGGCGACAAGGGUCAGGGACUGAUGAAGGUGUGAGAGGCCUCCGAGCCAUUAACAGAGCUGAUGAGAAGGGAGAGAAGCAAAGGGAGAGAGAAGGUGACACAGAUGGCAGAGUGGAAAGGGGCUGGCCAGCCAGAGAGGAAGGGGACAGUGACCACUGUGGCGGUAGAGAAGUGAGGAGACAGAUCCUGCAUGCAGUCCCAAAGCAUGGAGUGCCUUGACCUCUGAGGGUUCCUUGAGAGUUGGGGGUGGCACUGCCGCCUUUGGGGAAGCCCAGCCCGCCCACCCCUGUAUACAGUCCCCCUUCCCUUCCCUCCGUUUAUUUAUUGCACAAACCUAAGUUAUUCUCCCCAGCCAGAGCCCAGCUCCUGCUCCCUGGGAAGAGUGGCAUGUGGCCCUGAGCUGGGCUUUAUAUUUUGUAUCUGCAAAUAAAUCACAUUUUAUCUUAUAUUUAGGGAAUGCUGGGUGGCAAAAACGUUUUUUAAGAAAUUGCCUGACCCCCAGAAUUUAUUUAUUUUCUGACUUACAGUGAGCGAGUUAUCCGCCUUCUGUAUUUUGUAGACUUUCUCAAUAAAGUCAAGUUCUCUUUUCUGCAGAGAA